AUGGCCAUCAACUUGCAAGGGGACCUGCAGAAUUUUCUUGAUGCAGUGAUGCACUUGUUCCUCAAUCGGGGCCUGGGCAAGAUGAAAGAUCAAAUUUUGAUCUCCGCGCUUCUUUCGGUUGUGAACUUUCCCAGCUCGGUCCCCGAGCAGAGCGCUCUGUUCGAGCGGCGACACGCUGGGCGCGGCUCAUCUCGGAGCACCGGACCAUCCACGUGGCCUGUGAGAUCAUGCGCUAGAAGAUCUGCAGCUCGUGCAGAAGAUGGUCCAGAUGCUGAAGCCGAUUUGCCCCGAAUUGGGGAUCUCGAGAGGUUUCAAGAAGCCGGGUUUUCGACAAGAUGUCGAUGCCUCCCAGGUCUGAGGACACCAGAUUGGCUGUGGGGAAGGUAG